AUGGCGGAUGAAAACGUUCGUUCGGAAUCGCCAAGCGAUGAUACGGCCUCCGACAUUCAGCGAGGUCACGGGCAUUUUUUCGUGAAGAAAACGGUUCAUAAACCAACCUAUUGUCACCAUUGCACAGACAUGCUAUGGGGGCUGAUCGGACAGGGCUACGUUUGUGAAGUGUGUAAUUUUGUUGUUCAUGAUCGCUGUUUAAGAACAGUAGUGUCUCCUUGUUCCUGUAUUGCACCACAAAUAAUAAAAAAUCCAGUGUCCCAUUGUUGGUCUGAGCCUGGUCAUUUUAAACGAAAAUUUUGUAAUGUUUGUCGGAAAAGACUCGAAGAUAGUUUGGCUAUUAGAUGUGAAAUUUGUGAAUAUUAUUCCCAUUUAGAAUGUCAAGAUUUUGUAGUCAGUGAUUGUAUGGAAUGUGCUACAUAUGUACCACAAACAGAAAAGUCUAAUAUUGUACACUACCACCAUUGGCGUGAAGGGAACUUACCACCCAACUCAAAAUGUGUGGUGUGUAAAAAGACAUGCUGGUCGUCGGAGUGUUUAGCUGGUAUGAGAUGUGAAUGGUGUGGGGUCACAGCUCAUGCAGCAUGUCACAAACUAUUACCACUGGAGUGUAAAUUUGGGAGUAUGAGGGAAAUUGUUCUACCACCAAGCUGUCUCACAAUCCCCAGACUGGAUGUGCCCAUGGAUGUGAUCUUAGGAAUCAAUAGGAAAACUGCUCGUACUGUAUCAGAGGAAUGGUCAUCAAGCGGUGAUUCGAAAACUGAAGAAGAUGACAAAGAAAGACGUUCACCGCGUGAAAAAGAUGGACGUGAUAAAGAGAAAGAUGCAGACCUUGAGGUGUUACGUGUUUUUGACGGAAAUAUGUCAUUAAAGAGAAGACAGUACCGCACAAUAACUGUAUCCAAGAAUGCUUCUGCUCAAGCUAUAUUGGAGACGUCUCUGAAAACAUUCCACAUAUCCGAUGAUCCCAAAAAUUAUUAUAUAGCUGAAAUCAGUGAAUCGGGUGGGGAGCGGGAACUAGAGGAGAACAGUCCCAUUCGCUCUCAGUUAAAAACACCAGACGGCAAACGACCGUGUUUAUUUUUACGGUACCGUGAAAAAACUAUUGAUAAAGGUUCUAUAAAAGUUUGGCCAGGCACUUUCCGCCAUAGGAGUGCAUCAACUGGUCAAAGGAAUUUUUCUGUAACAAAAGAAACCACAACAAGGGAGAUUAUUAUCAAUGCACUACGCAAAUUUAAUGUAGAGGAAACUAAUCCAGAUAAUUAUUCACUAGUAGAAGUGUUACUAGAUCGAGGUGUAACAGAACGACCAAUAUCUCAUGAUGAAAAACCAUUGCAAUUAAUUCAACAGAGGCGGAGGGAAUCCUUACGUCAGACGAUGUUGACCCGUUUUUAUCUUCAGCAAAAAGAAGACCCCCACGGUCCUAGUAUAUCUUUAUUUGUUGGUAAUCUGCCAACGGCUCUGUCACAGAGACAAUAUGAAAAAAUAUUGUUAGAUAUUAUUGGCAGAGAAAAUAAAUGGUCAACAUUUGAUGUGAUAUAUUAUGAAUAUGGAUCUCUCGUCUUAGUUUAUACGUCACCAGAAAAAGUCACCAGAACUUUCAAUAUUUUAAAAGAAGCUUAUUUUGAUGAAAAACAGUUGAUAGUUCUUUUAUUGCCAAAUAUACAGCCACAUAUGAUAUCGGACAAUGUGAAUCCAUUAUUAGUAUUUGUGAAUGUUAAAAGUGGAGGAUGUCAAGGACUAGAACUUAUUACAUCUUUCCGUAAACUUCUCAACCCUCAUCAGGUGUUUAAUUUGGAAUUAGGUGGACCACUUCCAGGGUUAUAUGUGUUUCGUAAUAUUCCAUACUAUAAAGCGUUGGUGUGUGGUGGUGAUGGAACAGUGGGCUGGGUCCUGUCCUGUCUGGAUAAUGUGGGGCAGGAUGGAGAAUGCCAGUCACCUCCUAUGGCUAUAGUCCCUUUAGGAACAGGUAAUGAUUUAGCGAGAGUAUUACGGUGGGGACCAGGUUAUACUGGUGGUGAAGAUCCUCUCAAUGUCUUACGAGAUGUUAUAGAUGCUGAUGAAAUCAAGCUGGACAGAUGGACAGUGAUAUUUCAUCCCAAUGAGAAAGAGACAGAUGAGAUGAAGGUGGCUUUAGCCAAUGAUACCAACUCGGCCAACACUAAUGAAGACCAAACGUCUAUAUUUGUUAUGAAUAAUUAUUUUGGUAUUGGAAUAGAUGCUGAUCUCUGUCUAGAUUUUCACAUGGCUCGUGAAGAAAAACCAGAUAAAUUUAAUAGCAGGUUACAUAAUAAAAGUGUAUAUUUUAAAAUGGGUUUACGGAAAAUGGUCAACAGGAAGUCUUGUCAAGCUUUACAUCGUCACAUUAAAGUAGAGGUUGAUGGGAAAUUAAUAGAACUACCUCCUGUAGAGGGAAUAAUUAUUCUUAACAUUCUUAGUUGGGGUUCUGGUGCAAAUCCUUGGGGUCCAGAAAAAGAAGAUACAUUUGCUAAACCAACCCACUAUGAUGGAAACCUAGAAAUUGUAGGCAUUACUGGGGUAGUUCAUAUGGGACAAAUACACAGUGGUCUUAGAACUGGUAUGAGAAUAGCCCAGGGAGGACAUCUACGUAUAACGUUAUUAACUGAUAUUCCUGUACAAGUUGACGGAGAGCCUUGGAUCCAACCCGCUGGUCAGGUGGUCGUACUCAGAUCUGCAUUAAAAAAUCUUGGUAUAAUUGAGUUGAGUGCUCUUGGAAUUAGCAGUGAAUACAAACUACAAAGACACCCUGAUUAG